AUGCGUCCCGGUACGCUGCCUUCGAGGAAGAACACGGCCACGAGUCUCGGGUCGAUGCCGCUUGGGUCCCCCGGUGCUGUCAUGAAUGCGGCGGUGACUAUGCACGACUCGCUGUACUACAGGUGUCUCAACGUGAGGAGACGGCUGGAGAAAGUGGCACAAUUGCAGCCGUACUUGAACCUCGCAUACGCCUCGAGCGAAUUGCUUUCGGAGAAACAGUCGUUGCUUCUCUCUCAGCAGCAACAGCAGUUACAACGCCAACAACAACAACAACAGCAGGGCGAGACCGCCCAAAACCAUCAUCACAGUGUUAUAUCUACCUCGUCGAGACAGUACAGGGAUUCACACAACUCAUUGAGGGACGAGUACUCGUUUAUGGACGGAAUCACGUACACGAACAGCGUUUCGAACCCUGCAUCGUCUGCUGGUGGGUCCGCAAGUGGGGAAGUGGACACGCUGCUCACGUUUGCGAUGGGGAUUUUGCCCCUGACGGUGGACUGUGACCCGGUGACGCAGCUUUCACAGUUGUUCAGGCAGGGGUCGCCCCUGUGUGUGCUGUUCAACGCGGUGCGGCCGCAGUUCAAGAUCCCCGUGGUCUCGAGCGACGACUUGAAAGUGUGCAAGAAGUCUAUUUACGACUUCAUCCUGAGCGUCAAGAAGCACCUUGCCCUGAGGGAUGAGGACCUGUUCACGAUCUCGGACGUGUUCCACAACUCGACAAACAACUUAAUGAAAGUCGUCGAUGUUGUCUCGACGAUCAUGGACCUAGCACCGGAAAUGUUCCCCUCCAGAAAGCAGAUGGAACAAGAGAUCGAACUGGAGUUGCAGAACAGUGCUACAAGGGACGAUUACGGCAAAGUCAUCAAGGAGUUCGUCAUAACCGAGAGAAAGUACGUCCACGACUUAGAGACUUUGAACACAUACAAGACCCAGCUGCUCGAAAACAACAUCAUCACCUCGGAAGAGCUGUACAUGCUCUUCCCGAACCUGACAGAGGCAAUAGAUUUCCAGAGAAGGUUCCUCGUGUCCUUGGAGAUCAACGCGUUGGUUGACCCAUCCAGACAACGUAUUGGCGCCCUCUUCAUGCAUUGUAAAUCAUUCUUCAAACUUUACGAACCGUGGUCCAUUGGACAGAACGCAGCUAUCGACUUCCUGACGGGUACACUGGAGAAAAUCCCAGACCUCAAUUUUGUCAUCAACAAUAAGCUAGAACUGCAAUCGUUUCUGUACAAACCCGUGCAGAGACUGUGCAGGUACCCGUUGCUCCUCAAGGAGCUAUCAGGAGCUCGAACCAACGGGGACGCCACAAGUACCAAGGAACUCGAUGGCGCCCUUGACGUAUCGAGAAAUAUCGCCAAGAGUAUCAACGAGAAUCAACGUCGUACGGAAAACCACCAAGUGGUCAAACAACUCUAUGGCCGUGUCAACAAUUGGAAAGGCUACCGAAUCGCCAAAUUCGGCGAGCUGCUAUAUUUUGACAAAGUGUUCAUCUCCACGAGUGGGUCCAGCGAACCAGAACGUGAGUUCGAGGUAUACCUGUUUGAAAAGAUUAUCAUUCUUUUCUCCCAAGUCGUCGCGAAGAAGUCCUCGUCGUUAAUGCUGAAGAAGAAAAACACGGCACCUUCCAGUUCCUCACUGACGCUAAAUUUAAACUCGUCCGCGACGUCCAGCUUCCAUCACAGUAGUCCUGGUAACGGUCUAAGUCUCUCGCAUACAAACUCUUUGCCCUCGCUAUCCGCAUCAGGUGGGAUCACCAACGAACCAAAGCUCGAUCUUCGAGGAAGAAUCAUGAUUAUGAACUUGAACCAAAUAAACGCUGUCGGACCGCGAUCGCUCAAUAUAACGUGGGAGUCCGUCAAGGAACAGGGAAACUUCUUGCUCAAGUUUAAGAACGAGGAGACGAGGGACAAUUGGAGCUCGUGUUUGCAGACGCUGGUGAGGAAGAUGAAGAGUGCGUCCUACAGGUCGACGGCCAGUGACAAUUCAUUCCUGUCGUCUUCUGGACCCUCGACUACAAGUUCUACUCCAACGAGGACCCCCACUUCAGCGUCACAGCCGGAUAAUAGUCAUACGAGUCUCAAUUCCUUCGGGAACAGCGCGAUGAAGCAUCUGUCGGACAUGCUUCCGAAGCAGAGGAAGCGUGUAUCCAACCUGGACAGUGCGCCCGACUUGCGUUCUGUGUCGGAGAACUAUAAGCAUUCCAUCCCUGAGUCUUCGAUCAUGAUGAGGAUAUCGUUCAAUCAAGCAUUCUACACGAUUCUGGUGGAGUUGUCGGCGCCGAUGUCCUCCGUGACAGAGCUGGUGAGAAAGAAGUUGUACCCGGUUGGGAAUUUCACCAAGAUCAAAUACCAGGAUGAGGACGGGGAUUACGUGAUGUUAUCUUCGGACGAGGAUUGGCUAGUAGCGAAAGACAUGUUGAAGGAGAACGACGAGAGGGUGCUGAACAUCCUGGCGUAUUAG